AUGACAGACGUCGAUGUCUACCGGGAUGCGGAGUACAUCGCUGACGUGUCCGGCAUAUCCUAUGACGAUGCAGAACCCCCAAGGCCCGUUGGCACCCUCAGCAGUCAGAACGCGCGCGUGAAGAAGGUCCAAUCGGCAGCGAAAGUCGUCUUAAUUGAUCGAUUGCUGCACGACCUCGACAUAUUAAUUUAUUGUCAACUUUCCGCCUUGUAUUACAUGGACUGCUCCAUCAUUCUAUUCGCUCUUCGUGCCAUCGUCGAAUUGAUCUUCUUCACGCCAAAGGCACCACCAUUUGAGCCCACGCGCAGCCAGCCAUACGUCGGCGCCAUCCUCGUCAGUAACCUCAUCUGCAUCCUCUUCCAUGCUUUCGUCAUUCGUCCCGAAGCCGGCGAGGAAACUCGUGGUUAUCUCCACGGAGGAUUGUUCAUCGACUUUAUCGGGCAGGCUCCCGUCUCGACUUCCCGUCUUCUUGCGUUCGAUCUUACCAUUUUCAUCAUCGAUGUCAUCAUGCUGGGCCUGAUCAUCGAGCGGGUGAAGACACAGGGGACACCCACGCCCACUCCAACCUCACCACCUACAAGUACAGCCGCCAAUACAAGCCCCGAGACGGAGGCCGAGCUCCAGGACCAUGAUGCCGAGGAGCGCGGCGUUCAACGCCAAGCAACAGAUGAAACGACACCUUCCGCCCGCGAUAGUCCAGAGUCACCUAACAGCGGUAACCUCGAUGACGAGGCCGAGGAAGAGCGCACAACGCUCUUGGCGGAGCCGGUCGAUGUCGAGUCGAGCCGUGGCACACGGGGCGAGCACCCGAUGGAUACAUUCGCUGCUGGCCAGGCCGUUAUCGUCAGUAUGGGCUUCUUCGGUACAUUGCGUGACCAGUGGCGCCAAUCAAAUGCGCAGGCACAGCCAACUACGGGUUUCGUUCCGUCUCCAGAAACAGCGACGUUCCUACGUCAGCGCCUGGGUCUUCAGGUUGGGACUAAUGGUCGCAUUGAGCGAGUAAAUCCAUAA